UGUGAUCUCUGUACAGCUACUUUUCUCUGGAGCUCUGAUUUUAAGUUAUAUUUGAGACCUGUCUGCAAUGGAAAACAAAAAAAGGGGGAUCUUGGAGCGACUGAACGCUGGAGAAGUGGUCGUAGGUGAUGGAGGUUAUGUGCUGCAAUUAGAACGACGUGGUUAUGUAAAGGCUGGACAUUGGACACCUGAGGCUGCUGUUGAACAUCCUGAAGCAGUGCGGCAGCUGCACAGGGAGUUCCUCAGAGCAGGAGCCAAUGUGCUUCAGACGUUCACCUUCUACUGCAGUGAGGAUAAACUGGAGAUCAGCGGCAAUGUGACCAACAUCACAGGAGCUCAGAUCAAUGAGGCAGCCUGUGACCUGGCCAGAGAAGUCGCCAAUGAAGGAGAUGGACUGGUCGCAGGUGGCGUUUCCCAAACUCCCUGUUAUCUGAACAGUCAGAACGAGACUGAGGUCAAGGCUAUCUUUAAGAAACAGAUGGAUGACUUCCUUAAGAAGGACAUAGACUUCUUUAUGGCAGAGUUCUUUUCUUAUGUGGAAGAGGCAGUGUGGGCAGUGGAGGUACUGAAGACCAGUGGAAAACCAGUGGGUGCAACACUGUGCAUUUCCCCUGAAGGAGACAUGAGUGGAGUCCCCCCCGGAGAGUGUGCUGUCAGACUGGUCAAAGCUGGAGCUGACAUUGUCGGAGUAAAUUGCCACUUGGAUCCUUUGACAUGCAUCCGAACAGUGAAGCUGAUGAAGGAGGGAUUAGAGAAAGCUGGUCUAAAAGCCCAUCUCAUGAUCCAACCACUUGGUUUUCAUACACCUGAAUGCAACCACAGUGGAUAUCUCAGUCUACCAGAGUUCCCAUUUGCUUUGGAGGCCAGAGCAAUGACUCGCUGGGAUGUUCAUAAAUACGCCAGAGAGGCUUACAAUGCUGGGAUUCGAUAUAUUGGUGGCUGCUGCGGAUUUGAAACAUACCAUAUCAGAGCUAUAUCAGAGGAGCUUGCUGCAGAGAGAGGAUUCCUACCACCAGCCUCAGAGAAGCAUGGACUGUGGGGUGCUGGUCUGCAGAUGCACACCAAACCCUGGGUCAGAGCCAGGGCUCGUCGAGAGUACUGGGAAAACCUUUUGCCUGCUUCUGGACGUCCCACAUGUCCUUCAAUGGCCAAACCAGAUGAUGAAUGAAGAGACAGAAUCAUGAACAACGACAAUCAUAAUCAUCUGUAUUCAGUAUUCUGCACCAACGAACAUUAUUUCAUUAGUUUUUUCAGAUGUUAGGGCCAAAUAAUACAGUUGUUCAUUAAAACAUCCAUAGUUGAAUCUGUGACUUACGGCCUGUAUGAAGUUUGCAUGUUCUCCCUGCCAUGAAAACAUGUCGAAAACAUGCAUGGUAUGUUAAUUCUACUGUCAGUGUCCUUGAUCAAGAUACUUGCCAAGACCUGCACCUGGUCUUCAGUGAUAGCCUACUGCUCCUUGGGUCGGUUGAAUUUUCUUACAGGAACAAUAGAACUGAACUUUGAUCAUACUGGUUAUCAGAUCGGUUAAGAUUUUAUGUAUUACAUUUAAUAAACUACAUUUCAUAAUUA